AUGGAGCUCCGCCCGCUGCCGUUGCAGCCCUUCCUGUUAGCACUGCUGCUGCUGCCGCCGCUGCCGCCGGCGGUGCCCGAGACGGCUGGAUCCUGGCAGUGCCCGCGCAUCCCCUAUGCUGCGUCCCGCGACUUUGCCGUGGAGUACUUGGUGCCCAGCUUCUCGGCCGGCGGUCCGGUACAGGCCCUGGAAACCUACGAGGGCGUCAGGGAAGGGAGUGCCGUGUUCGUGGCCACACGCAAUCGCCUGCAUGUGCUUGGGCCUGAUCUGCAGCCAGUUGAGAGCCUGGCCACUGGCCCUGCUGGGGCCCCUGGCUGCCAGACGUGUGCAGCCUGUGGCCCAGGACCCCACGGCCCACCGGGAGACACAGAUGCGCAGGUUCUGGUGCUGGAGCCAGUGCUGCCCGCACUGAUCAGCUGUGGCUCCAGCCUUCAUGGCCGCUGCUUCCUGCAUGAGCUAGAGCCCCACGGGACAGUCCUGCACCUGGCGCCGCCAGUGUGCCUUUUCUCGGCGCAGGGCAAUUGGCCGGAGGACUGUCCCGACUGUGUGGCCAGCCCUCUGGGCACCGUCGUGACCGUGGUUGAGCAGGGCCAUGCCUCCUACUUCUAUGUGGCAUCCUCACUGGACUUGGCGGUGGCCGCCAGCUUCAGCCCACGCUCAGUGUCCAUCCGGCGCCUCAAGGCCGAUGCCUCAGGAUUUGCACCAGGCUUCGCAUCGCUGUCAGUGCUGCCUGAGCACCUCGCUUCCUACCGCAUCGAAUACGUGUACAGUUUCCGCUCAGGAGCCUUUGUCUAUUUCCUGACUGUGCAGCCGGCCAAGGUGGCAGACGUUCCUGGCGCCUUACACACGCGCCUGGCACGGCUCAGCGCUGUCGAGACUGACCUGGGCGACUACCGUGAGCUGGUCCUGGACUGCCGUUUUGCGCCUAAACGCCGGCGACGCGGGGCCCAUGAGGGUGGGCAGCCCUACCCGGUGCUGCGGGCAGCCCACACUGCUCCAGUGGGCAGCCGACUGGCCACUGAGCUGAGCAUCGCCGAGGGCCAGGAAGUGCUGUUUGGGGUCUUCUCGGCUAGCAGGGACAGCGGCCCAGGUGGGGAUCCCAACUCUGUUGUCUGUGCCUUCCCCAUCGACCUGCUGGACACUCUCAUCGAGCAGGGAGUGGAGCGCUGUUGUGAGCCGCCCGUCCACCCCGGCCUCCGGCGAGGCCUUGACUUCUUCCAGUUGCCCAGUUUUUGCCCCCACCUGCCUGGACCGGUGGCCCCCAGCCCCAAAACCAGCUGCCGCCACUUCCCUCUGCUGGUCAGCAGCAGCCUCUCACGUGUGGAUCUAUUCAACGGGCUGUUAGGACCAGUGCAGGUCACUGCACUGCAUGUGACACGUCUCGACAAUGUCACAGUGGCCCACAUGGGCACAGCUGAUGGGCGCAUCCUGCAGGUGGAGCUGGCCAGGUCUCUCAACUACUUGCUGUACGUGUCCAACUUCUCACUGGGCAGCAAUGGGCAGCCCGUGCAUCGGGAUGUCAGUCGCCUUGGGGACCACCUGAUCUUUGCCUCUGGGGACCAGGUCUUCCAGGUACCUAUCCGGGGCCCUGGCUGCCGCCACUUCCUCACCUGUGGACGUUGCCUGCGGGCACAGCGUUUCAUGGGCUGUGGAUGGUGUGGGGGCAUGUGUGGCCGGCAGAAGGAGUGUCCUGGCUCCUGGCAACAGGACCAUUGCCCACCUGAGCUUACUGAGUUCAGCCCCCGCAGUGGACCCCUAAGGGGCAGGACAAGGCUGACCCUGUGUGGCUCCAACUUCUACCUGCGCCCUCCUGGUCUGGUGCCUGAGGGCACCCAUCAGGUCACUGUGGGUCAAAGUCCCUGCCGACUGCUGCCCAAAGGCGACUCAAACCUCAGCCAAGUGCCCCGGAAGGACUUUGUAGAGGAGCUUGAGUGUGAACUGGAGCCCUUGGGCACGCAGGUAGCCGGGCCUGCCAACAUCAGCCUCACUGUGACCCACAUGCCACUGGGCAAGCAAUUCCGGGUAGAUGGCACCUCCAUGCUGCAAGGCUUCUCUUUCAUGGAGCCAGUGCUGACAGCAGUACAACCCCUCUUUGGCCCACGAGCAGGGGGUACCUGCCUCACCCUUGAAGGCCAAGGCCUGUCUAUUGGCACCAGCCGGGCUGUGCUGGUCAAUGGGACUGAGUGCCUCCUGAAACGGGUCAGCGAGGGGCAACUUUUAUGUACCACGCCUCCCGGGGCUGCUACUGCCAGCGUUCCCAUUCGCCUGCAGGUGGGGGGCGCCGAAGUACCAGGCUCCUGGAACUUCCACUACCAGGAAGACCCCAUCAUGCUGGGCAUCAGCCCCAACUGUGGCUACACUGGCUCCCGUGUCACCAUCCACGGCCAGCAUCUGACUUCAGUGUGGCACCUUCUGCUAUCAUUCCAUGAUGGGCUCAGGGCAGUGGAGAACAGGCAGUGUGAGGGGCAGCUCCCGGAGCAGCACUGGUGCCGCCUGCCUGAAUACGUGGUCCGAGGACCCCAGGGGUGGGUGACGGGGAACCUGACUGCCCAGGGGGAUGGAGCUGCUGGCUUCACACUGCCUGGCUUUCGCUUCCUGCCUCCACCCCAUCCACCCAGCAUGGACCUGGUCCCACUGAAGCCUGAGGAGCAUGCCAUUAAGUUUGAGUACAUUGGGCUGGGCGCUGUGGCUGAUUGUGUGGAUGUGAAUGUGACCGUGGGUGGUGAGAGCUGCCAGCAUGAGCUGCGGGGGGAUGUGAUCAUCUGCCCCCUGCCUCCCUCCCUGCAACUUGGCAAGGAUGGUGCUCCACUGCAGGUCUGCGUGGAUGGUGGGUGUUACAUCCUGGGCAGGGUAGUACGGCCAGGUGCGGAAGGGGUCCCACAGAACACACUCAUCGGUAUCCUACUGGCCCUGCUCCUGCUUGUGGCUGUACUGGCUGCCAUACUGGUCUUCAGUUACCACCGGAGGAAACAGCUAGUCCUUUCUCCGAACCUGGGUGACUUGGCAUCCCUGGACCAGACCACUGGAGCCAUGCCUCUGCCUCUGCUCCGCUCAGGCUCUGACUAUAGAGAUGGCCUUGCAGCCCCUGUCAUUGAUGGCCAGGAUUCCACCGCUCGGGUCCACAGAGCAUCCUUCUCAGGCAGCGGGGAUGGGUCCCACGUCCCACUGCUGCGGAAGGAGUCCAUCCAGCUUGGGGACCUGAACGCUGCACUCCUGGCCGAGGUCAAGGAUGUACUGGUUCCCCAUGAGCGGGUGGUCACCCACAGUGAUCGAGUCAUUGGCAAAGGCCAUUUUGGAGUUGUCUACCAUGGAGAAUACACAGACGAGGCCCAGAAUCAGAUCCACUGUGCCAUCAAGUCACUGAGUCGCAUCACAGAGGUGCAGGAGGUGGAGGCCUUCCUGCGCGAGGGGCUGCUCAUGAGCCGUCUGCACCACCCAAAUGUGCUGGCUCUCAUUGGUAUCGUGCUACCACCUGAAGGGCUGCCACGCGUGCUGCUGCCCUAUAUGCGCCAUGGAGACCUGCUUCAAUUCAUCCGCUCACCCCAGCGGAACCCCACAGUGAAAGACCUCAUCAGCUUCGGCCUGCAGGUGGCCCGCGGCAUGGAGUACCUGGCAGAGCAGAAGUUUGUACACCGGGACCUGGCUGCUCGGAACUGCAUGCUGGAUGAGUCGUUCACAGUCAAGGUGGCUGACUUCGGUCUGGCCCGCGAUGUCUUGGACAAGGAGUACUACAGUGUCCAGCAGCACCGCCACGCUCGCCUACCUGUCAAGUGGAUGGCACUAGAGAGCCUGCAGACCUACAGGUUCACCACCAAGUCUGAUGUGUGGUCGUUUGGUGUGCUGUUAUGGGAGCUGCUGACACGGGGUGCCCCACCGUACCCCCACAUUGACCCUUUCGACCUCACUCACUUCCUGGCCCAGGGUCGGCGCCUGCCGCAGCCUGAGUAUUGUCCGGAUUCUCUGUACGUGGUGAUGCAGCGCUGCUGGGCUGCGGACCCUGCAGCACGACCCACCUUCGGAGAGCUAGCAGGGGACGUGGAACACUUGGUGGCCGUGCUGCGAGGGGACCACUACGUGCAGCUGCCCGUGGCCUACGUGAACGUGGGCCUUGGUACCUCUGAUAAGGCAAACAUGCCCUUGGAACAAUCACCAUCCCCAUCAGUGCGCAGGAGCACAGAGCGGCCCCGGCCCCUCUCAGAACCACUGAGGCCCACGUAACCUCAACCCCAGGCAGGCCUCAGGGGUUGGACCUGCAUAGUGGUGGAAAUUAACCUCAAGCUGCCUCUGGGCUAGGCUCCGCCAUCCCUACCCCUUAACCUUCAGGGACACCGGAGGGCUGCAAGGCACAUUGGUCUCUCACUCCCCAAGGGGAGCCAGUGCAGGGAUCCUUGAUGCAGUAUUUAUGGAGUGUCUGCUGAGUGACUGACUGCUGAGCACAGGAGACUCAGUGGUGACCACUGGCCCUUAAAUCAGUAAAUGAACAAGUGAAUAUUUAA